AGCUGUUUAAUGCGAGCAAUAUUUUGUUUGUUUUGAAACCAAAUAAUUUCAAAAUGAGUUUUCCAAAGCGGAAACCCCUUUCGUGGUCACAAUAUUACGAAGAAUUACUCUUUGACCUGUGGGAGGAAAACAUUGCGUCCAUUCGAGGUGGUCAAAAAAGCACGAUUGUGUUCAAAGGAAUGGCCGAAAAACUGGAUGAAGCUGGGUUCAUUGGAGUGGAGAUGAAGGAUGUCCGCACCAAACUGGACAAUUUAACCCGAAAAUACAAAAAAGAAGCCGAGGAGGGACACUCGAAAUGGAGGCACUUUUCGAGAAUUCAUCGAAUUUUGGGAGUACUGAAACCAGUAAAAGUAAAAUAUAAUCACUUGAUGAAACAAAGCACAGAUGACAAUGGAAAAAAGGAAUCGCUUUCAGUAAAGACCGAGUGCUUAGCUAACGAUUUGGAUGAGCAGGAAAGCCCAAGUGACGAGGAUGGUAAUUCCUGGGAGCGCACAAUGGAAAUGCUGUCGAAUCCAGGAAGACUAGGCGAUGACUUUUCGCCACACCGUAAAAAGAGAAAAGUUUCCCAGGAUGAUAUGACAUCCUUCGAGGCAGGAAUGCUAGCGGCCACAAGAGAACGUAAUAAAGAACUCCAGCAUAUGAGAAAAGAGCUGACCAACCUAGCCAGUCGACGGCUGAACGCCCUGGAGAAACUUCAAAGGACCAUGGAACGUAUGGAGCAAGAAAAUGCCAAAUUCCAUCAGAAAUUGCUGGACAAAUUAUAGCAAAAGGAUGCUUGAAAUCAUAGAAUAGAGUAAAUUAAGAUUAUAUUUUACAUUCAUAAUCUGUUCCAUGAAAUUCUGUUAAAAAGGUCGGAUUUUGUUGUCCUAUGUUCUCGUAACGCAC